GCAGAGUCUCCCUCGGCUUAGAGGUCCACCAGCAGUCAGCUUGCAGCUUAGCUGUCUGCUGCUGUUCGGCGGUCAGCCAGGGAUGACGAUGCAGAGUCUCCCUCGGCUUAGAGGUCCACCAGCAGUCAGUUUGCAGCUUAGCUGUCUACUGCUGUUCGGCGGUCAGCCAGGGAUGCAGAGAGGCUCCCUCGGCUUAGAGGUCCGCCAGCAGUCAGUUUGCAGCUUAGCUGUCUACUGCUGUUCGGCGGUCGCCAGGGAUGCAGAGUCUCCCUCGGACAUGUUCGCCAGCUGUCAGCUCCAGCCUCGGCUGUUGCUGCAGUUGGGCGUCCCACGCCGAGCCGUGCGACCGCGCGAGCCCCACCAGGCUUCGCGCGGCGUCUCUGCUCGGGGCCGGCAUUCUGAUUGGCGUCUCUCCUUCUGCGAUUCUCAUCGAUCUGAACGGACGGACCCGAGCUGUCUGCUGCUUUUGCAGGCUGCUGCGCACGAUCAACAGCGCAAGUCGCUCGUCGCUCGAACGGCUGGCUGCCGUUCUGCCUGAGCGGCCGCAGCGCGGCAAGACACAGUGCGCGCAAGCUAGGGCCACGCUGAACUUCCUGCCUUCCGCAACAGGUACAUAUGCUCAUCGUCAAGCACGGCGCACGCCAAGAUGUUCUCGACAGAUGCAGUGUGAGUCCGGUGCUGCUUCAGAACGCGCUUGGCCGCCAUCCCCAACCAAAGGUCGCGUAUGAGACGCCGAGGUGAUCGUACGUGACGAGACUGCGGGCGAGGAUUCUCUUGGUGGUAUGAGUGAUGCUUCGGGGCGCCUGUGGCGCUAUCCCCUCCCUAAGGUGCUAUAUGCUGCCU